AUGACAAUGAAUCAAUCCCAAUCUAAUCGUCCUUAUAAAAUUUUAUUCAUUGGUGACAGUGCAGUCGGAAAGACAAGUUUAAUGUUUCGUUUUUCUGAUAACAUAUUUACUGAAACAUUCACACCAACAAUUGGUAUUGAUUUUAAAGUUAAAACAAUCACGUUACGAGGCAAACUAGUUAGAUUACAACUAUGGGAUACAGCUGGUCAAGAAAAAUUUUUUAAUAUAACUCGAUCUUACUAUCGUAAUGCUGAUGCUAUAAUUCUUGUUUAUGAUCGUUCAUCAGCAAGUUCAUUUCAAAAUGUAAGUCGUUGGAUGAAAAAUAUUGAUGACAAUGCUCCUGAUGAUGUUAUACGAAUAUUAGUUGGAAAUAAAAGUGAUCUUCAUCAUUCUAUUGUUAUAUCAUCACAGGAUGGACAAAAAUUAGCCGAUAGAUAUCAUGUAGAUUAUUUUGAAACAAGUGCAAAAUCAGACACAAAUUCGAAUGUAUCAAAAAUGUUUUAUACUCUAACGGAAAAAAUACUUCAACAAUAUCAAAUAACACCUAAAUCAUCAGAGAAUACCGUUCAUAUAUUAAGCAGUUCAUCAGAUUCAACGUAUGACAAACUUAUGAGUUGUUGUUGGUCAUCACCAAGCAUUGAUAAAAAAUGA